AAUAGUCUCAUGGCCCGAGGGUCUUAACUGGGAACACUCUGUCCCACAGACGAAAUAACAGCUUAUAUUCAUUGUCAAAAAAAAAGGGGAAAAAAAAGAAGAGAAGUCUAAAUCUUUUGGAAAAAAAAAAAAGCUCCUGUGCAUCUCUGGGUGGUUGAAACCUGACACUAUAUGGGCUGUGGUGUUGGAGAGCAGAGAGGGUGAGAAGAUAGAAAGCUGGGUGUCAGUGCCUACCUUCACUGUUGAGGUGCACAUCACUCUGAGCUGCUGGUCGAACAGCUGGGAAUUCACUACGAGAAGGUAAGAAAAAAUAGUACUUGAUCAGAUUUGUAAUUAGCAUGUUUCAAUUAUCCACACUUUGCACAUUUAAUGCAUGUAUUAAACAUUAACAAAGAAAACUCACCAGUGGUAACAAGGAAUUUAAUCUGAUCUAUCAUAAUACACAUACAUGUAUUAACGGACAAAUUACACACACAUUCAUAUUAAGUUGAAGUACUUGCUCCGAGAGUUCAGCUAUUUAGUUGCUAUCCUUAUCAGUAGUUCUGCAGUGGCUUCUGGGGAACAUGAACAUCCUGCAAAUCCUGGGUCUCCUACAGCUGCUGGCUGUACCUGCCUUCACUGUGAGUCUCACUUUUAAUAUUAAUAAUAUUGCACCCUUUGCAUGUAAAUGUCAGUAUUUUUAAUACAGAUGCAAAUCGCAUAGAACGCUAAGUACAGUAUGUCCAAAAUCUCAACAGUGAAAAACCCCCCCCAAAUGUUUAAUUUCUAACACAUGUGCCAGCAGUGAUGCUGUUUAUAUGAUACAGAGCAGGUUUACAAACACGCAUUAUGCAACAUGGAGGGGAUCGUUUGUGGUUAAAUGUUCCAGCUUCUAUUUUGGUGUCUCUAGCAUGCUCUUAGUGUGUGUUAGUGGUUGGCGGUGGGCUAUGAUAUGGUGUGUGAGAGCACUAUGUGUUCCAGCGGCAGAGCCAGUAGGAGUUUUAUUGGUUUUUUGGGGGGAUUUUUUUCAGCUGACACAGCCAACCCAUGACUACUGGGGAGAGUUUGGAGCCUAUGGGCCCUGCAGUCGCACCUGUGGCACAGGAGUGGCCAUGAGAACCAGAAAAUGUAUCACCUCAAGGACAGAUGGAGGACAUAACUGCUUGGGAUCAUCUAAGGCCUUCCGAACCUGUAAUACACAUGAAUGUCCAGUCGGAUCCAUGGACUUCCGGGAGGAGCAGUGCUCCCGGUUUGACAGAAUGGACUUUCAGAGCAAACGUCACUCAUGGGUGCCUUAUUAUGGAGCAACCAAUCCAUGUGAGCUGAACUGUGUCCCAAGAGGACAGAACUUCUUCUAUCGACACAAACCUGCAGUGGUAGAUGGGACACCAUGCUAUGUGGGCCGCACUGAUAUCUGUGUGGACGGUGUCUGCAGGAUACUGACCCAUGGAGAGUUCAUGGGUUUGGAUGACGACACUAACUCUGUGCACUCCGCUGCUCCUGUUGUUGUGGCUCCUCACCCGAGGGAGACGCUUACGUACAUCUACAAAACCGGUGUGUACGCCGCUUGCUCAGCCACCUGCAACGGAGGCAUGCAGUUUCGCAGCGUGGAGUGCUGGGUUCAGGACCCGAUGAACCCCCGUGUGGUGGAAGAGCCUAACUGCAUUACCCAGCGUCUGCAGAGGCCGCAGAGUCAGCAGGCUUGCAACAUGCAUCCAUGUGCCACGGAGUACAGUGUAUCAAGCUUCAGUGUGUGUUCAGUGACCUGUGGGGAAGGCCAGCAGACGAGGGAGGUGAUCUGUGUUGGACCAGGAGGUGAACAUCUGGCUGACCGGGCCUGUAGCGGACUGGCACGACCUCCUUCUGUCCAGGUCUGCCGCAGGCCUGCCUGUCACGCACACAUCACCUGGCAUGUGACUGACUACGGACUGUGCACUAGAAGCUGUGGUGGUGGUGUGAGAGAGAGGAGGGUUAGCUGUUUUGAUACAGAUUUGAACCCCUACCCAGAGGCCCGGUGUGGACUAGCAAGCAGGCCUGUCACUGUGGAAGCGUGCAACUCACAGCCAUGUCCUGGAGCUCAAAUGGUCCCAAGUGUACAGGAUCCAAGGGCACAUGAAAGCACCAUGAGAGGAUUUGUGCCCCAUGUUCCAGGAGAGCCUUCAGCUUCCAGACCACAGACAAACAUUCACCACGAGCCCUACCCUCCUGUGGUUGGCCCUCAAUGUGCACAGUCAUUUUAUGGCUGCUGUCCUGAUGGCCAUACCUCUGCCACUGGACCCAGGAAUGAGGGCUGUUUCCAAGAGGACUGUGUUCGCACCAGGUUUGGCUGUUGUUUGGAUGGGGUGACUACAGCUCAAGGAUUUGGAAGAGCUGGAUGUCCUGAAUACCAGACGACUGUGGAGCGCCCACCACCCCCUGUAACUCCAUCCGCUGGUAAUGUGUGCUCUCUGCCUCGUGAUGAGGGCCCCUGUGAUACCUGGAAGGUCCGGUUCUACUAUGACUUGGGCACCAGUAAAUGUACCGAAUUCUGGUAUGGAAGCUGCCAGGGCAAUGGCAAUAACUUUGUGUCCCUGGAGGCAUGCCAGAGAGAGUGUGGGGGUAUGGUGAGGGAGCCCCCACCUGCACCUCGCAGUGGGACCCCAAGGAGAGGGCCACCCAGGGGUGCUCUAAGGGCAAGGGCAUAAUCUUGCACACCACUAAUACCUCCAGUACACAGGAUAACCAGGAUGCCCUCACUAUGAAGCUAAUCACACAUGUAGUGUAUAUUUACAUACAUGAAGACAGACACAAACAUGUACUGUAAGACAUCCCACAUUUCAUUAAAAACAUUACAUUUACAUUACAAAUGAUCUAGAUAACAAAUAAGUAAUCACUGCUGUAGAUUCUGAUUUUUAUUAUCUUUUUGAUCCUUGGCAUUUUGUUUGUGACACUAACUAUAUUCAUUUGUGUUUUUUGCCUCAUGGUUCAGGACUGAAAUAAAUGUAUGUCAAUGUGAUUAUCCAAAUUAAAUCAUAAACCCAAUCAAUAAAUCUUCAGCUCUCCAGUAACCUUG